AUGGCGAGCACUUUGUUGUCCGUACACCACUUUCUUCCCUCCCAAAGGAAGGAAAAUAUAGGAUACUUGAGUGGUUUCAGGACUUCAUUGUGUGGACAAGUUGUGCUUAAUCCAAAUUUCUCUGGGAGACAAAUAACAGGAAGCUAUGGAAACCGUUUUGUUGUUAACUCACUGUUUGGAAUUGGAAAGAAGGCGAAGAAGAGUAGAGUAAUCAGAGAGACUGUGAUUCCUGAACCAGAUUACCGGAUUCCAAUUGUACUACUUGGUUUUGCCGGUGGGUUGGUUUACACAGAUAAUCUAAUACCUGCUGUCCCUGUUGGUCUUCUUGGAUUGCUUCUGUUGUUCCAGACAACUAGAGUGAGAUUUGUCUUUGAUGAUGAGGCAUUGGAGGUAAAGAUAGGCGAUCAGUUAGACGAAUCAGGCGAGAAUGCUUUUGUCGGAGGAAAAAAUCGUUGGAAGUACUCAACCUUUGUUAACUGGGAAUUCUGGUGGCCAAACUUCCCUAUUUUGGUUUACUUCAAGGAAACACAAACAAAGCCUGAAGGACAAAUUCACUUCUUUCCAAUAAUCUUUAAUGGAAAGCAGCUUUAUGAUGUUAUGGUGGAAAGAGCUGGCUCUUCAAAAACUAGUGCUCCAAAAGAAUCCUAA